AUGUCGAUUGAAGCCGUCAUGAAUCUCGUUCUCGCUGUGGGAAUUACUCGCUGGCUGUUUGUUUGUGGGAGAAAGACUUGGGCAACCAAAGGUGAAGAGCUAGAAGCAGCCACAAAGGAGUAUAUUGAAAUACUCAAGACUCUUCAAGCUGAGUUAGGAGAUAAACCUUACUUUGGUGGCGAUAAAUUUGGGUUUGUAGACACUGUCCUGAUUGGAUACUAUAGUUGGUUUCCAGCAUACCAAAAGUUUGGGAACUUCAGCAUCGAACCAGAGUGCUCAAAACUGAUGGCCUGGGGCAAAAGGUGUAUGCAAAGAGAGAGAGUGGCUAAGGCUUUGCCUAAUUCUGAGAAAGUUGUUGGAUACGUUUUAGAGCUUAAGAAGUUAUAUGGAAUCGAGUAA